GGACUUGAGAGUGAGAGAAAAAUCAUCUGCGUGAGAUUUUCGCUCAGGAGGUGAGUGGCUUUCGUACCUGUGUCCUACUGCAAACAUUGCGAUCAUUUUUAGGUCUUUUGAGUUUUAUUUCUUCUUCUUUUCGUUCGGAUUCCGAGGAAGUGACUGGAAAUGGCUGCGAUUUAUAGCUUAUACAUUAUCAAUAAAUCAGGUGGUUUGAUCUUCUACAAGUUAUUUAAGCCGAGAAUCAGCAAGCAAAGAUUAGACGUUGCAGAUUCGAUUCAGCAUUUGGAGAAAAGAUUAUACUGAAGCAAUCAUAUAAUGACGAAUCAAUAUGAAAGUAACCCUUAUUGUUUGAUUGAUGAGAAAAUAGAAUAGGGACAAAAGGAUUAUGGAUCUGCUGGACGGAUGGACACAAAUGAUAGCUUACGAGUAGCUAGUUUAUGGCAUUCAAUGCAUGCCAUCUCCCAGCAGCUAUCACCAACUGUAGGUUGUUCAGGCAUUGAACUCCUUGAAGCUGAUACAUUUGACCUCCAUUGUUUUCAAUCUCUUACUGGGACAAAGUUCUUUGUGGUAUGUGAACCUGGGACAUCGCACAUGGAGGGUCUCUUAAAAGUCAUAUAUGAAUUGUACACAGAUUAUGUUUUAAAGAACCCUUUCUAUGAAAUGGAGAUGCCUAUAAGAUGCGAACUCUUUGACAUCAACCUAACACAGGCGAUACAGAAAGACCGAGUUGCUUUGUUGGGGCGAUAAACUUCUAGAGGUCUUCUGAUUUCCAGUAAUUGUUUUCUCGUUUUCAUUUUGUGUACUUGCCGUGGAUAUUUCUGUUUGUAUAACCUUCCUUUGCUAUAUUUGCUAAUUUCAAUCUUAUGCAAUUGGGAAGUGUUAUUUGUUUA